CUGAUUAAAACACUAGGGAGGAGAGUUAAAGGCAUUUCACGCUUUUUGCCUUCUUCUAAGCACAAUUUUAAACGCUUGAGUAAUUUUUUUUUUGCUGGAGUGACUUAACAAGGUAAGGACAGAACGAUCUCUUUGGUGACCUUGGACAUAUUAGGUCGAAGGAACGGUAACAACGUCAUGUAGUAUUUUAGCUCGUUACAAGCCACAGCCGAUCGAUUCAUACCGCCAAAACAUCGCUACAGCUGAACAGAGUGAAGUCUCCCACUGCUGUGUUCCAGAAUUAUGGAUUUAACUAGUCCCAGUGAGUGUGGCGAUAAGCACGUUACUGAUAAAGAUCUUGUGAGUAUGUAUGGAGGUGUGGCAUAUGACCAUGAUAAAAUGCCAAAAGUUCUUGCUGUGCACUUUUUAGCACAUGAAAGAAUGGAUUCAGGUGUCAACAAUGCAGAAAAUCCACAAGGUUCCACAGUGGAGUUGAUGACAAGGAACUGGCAGUCAGUUUUAAUUAGAAUCAGAAGCAAGCCGGAAGGACUUGGGGAAUUAAGCAACCAGACAUCAUAUAUUGAUCUGAAAGAACAUUUAGAGUCAGAAACAAAAGUGAAGGGGGCUCAGUUGUUGGAUUUUGGUACGGAGCCUAUCAUUCAAGGGAAUUCACAAGCUUACAAUUCGCUGUCCUCAACGUUGGCCGCGAGGGAAGUUUUUGAGGACAAAUCGUCAUAUAAUAAGACAUUGAUAAACGGCAAUGGUAAAACCGAUACGAAAUGCUGGUUAAGCUGUGACAAGAUUGCCGCUGGCCAUAAUCGAGCAGGCAAGUCACUAUUGCGUCACUUGUUACGUAACAAGAUUGAAGACAAUUACAAGAGUUCAGUGGCUGUUGCAGAAUUGUUCUCAGUUUCUGAAACAUUGUCCUCUUCAGUUGAUCUAAGUGCAAAUUGUUUUACAGAUUCUAACCUCAGGAAGCAGAACAGUAAUAACUUGGAGACCCUUGGCUGGCGUAACUUUGGUGUGUUGUCCGAGAAAAACGAUCAGAAAUGCUCGAUUGAGUUUUAUACUGAUAAGAAUUCAAAGCUUUUUGCGGAGAAAACAUCACCCGGCAAUGACCGUCUUCAACGAAAAGUAGAUGAUAGCAUCAAAACUGAUAAUACACCCACCUCUUCCUUGAAAACUCUUGAUUUCCCUGUGAGCAAAGAUAUUGGAACUGUUGAUCUUUCUGAGGUAGACAAAAAUAAUCAAAAGUCUUCCUCUGUUAGUGUUAAGUCUUUCUUAAAAGUAAAUCCGUUAGGAUGUGAUGCAGAGAAACGUUGCACCGAUUGCCUAAUACCUCGCAAACGGCCACGCAAGUCGAUUCCAAAGAAGCUCAAUCCAGACAGAGAAUAUUUAUAUUCCGACCUCCAUAGGACUUGCAGUGAAGAAACGCUAAGUGCCAAUGAAAUAAUUCCAGAGCUGUCCCCUCAGCGGUGCACAACAGUGGCGUCUCCCGUCCGCGAAGAUGAGUGUACUCCAAUCAUUUCUUCUAGACGAGACUCAUGCAAGCCGUUAGUUUCUUUAGGGAAAGGACAGCAGAGUGAAACAGACAUUUCUACUGUAAUGGAAGAGCAAAAAUCAACUGUUGUUUCCUUUGAAAUGGAAGGGAAGGAUGCAGCAUCUUUUUCUGCUGAAAGGGAAGAACAGAGGUCACCAGUAGUUUCUACUGAAAAGGAAAAGAAGAGUGCUGUAGCAGUUUCUUUUCACAAAAGGCAGAAUGCAACAGAACCUUCUCCUGAAAAGGAAAUCCAGAGUAUAUCUAAAGUUUCUCCUGGGAAGAGGGACCUGUGUGAACCUUGUGUUUUUUCUGAUAGCACGGGGUCUCAUCGAGUAUCUUGUGGAGGGACAAGAAUAGUCUUCAGGAGGACUGGAGGUGUGUGGUCAGUAUCCUCACCGACGAACUUAGGCGUCGGAAUAGACGGAGGGAGUGAGGGAACAUUUAGCUCUGGCAAGGCAACGGGAAAAAGUGGGAAUGCACCCAAUGCUGUACAAGAUUUAAACGACUCCUGUCGUGAGAAACCAACCGCAAAGAUUUGCCUUUUCACCGAUCAGCCAAUUGCUUCUCUUUCAAGCGCCGACGAGCACUAUUUCUCCACCGCGUUAGAUCGGGAAACACGCAUUAAGGAACUACUCAGUAGACAAGAAAAGCUUUUGGCACAAAUGCGACAGCAGGCAGUAACGUCUCAAAACAUCCCAGAUUGUUGCACAACCAGUUAUACGGUAUCAUGAUAGUCACCGCAGACGGUUUCAGUUGUUGUUAGGUUUUUUUUUCAGUCGUUUUAUCAUAAGUAAAAAAUUUAACUGCUAGGGGAAAUUUUCAUUCUAUCUGCUCUAAACAAACGGGAUGUAGAUUUUUACAGAGCAACAUAUUUUUAUGCUUUCUUUGUGAUAAGUAGUUGUUUACUUAGUGAUAAGUAGUGAUAAAUGUUGUCCUGGCUGAACGUAAUCUUUUUUGGAGUUCAGUAUUGUAUUUACUAGCUGUACUUCCUUGUUGCACCAGUCAUGUUCCUUUUUCUGGUUAGUUCUAAAAGCAACAAACAUCUUAUGUACGAGACUAUACUUCGAAGGUUUGAGAAGAAUUAAGCCGGACAAAGGCACAGAUAUCUUGCGCUUUUAAUUUUUUCUUUCUUUCCUUUACUGUCCCACCUCUUUCUUUACAGAAAAUACUUAUGCACGUAUUUGAUUCUCUGCUUCUUUUUGGGGAAAGGUUUUCUUUAAUAAAAUGUUUACUUUUAAACUCGUUUGACGAUUUCAAA